AUGGAAUCGAAACUGGGAAGAAGUAAAACGGCAAAAAAAGACACCGAUAUGCGUCGAAUAGUCGUUCAGCAAGUGAUGCAAGAAAGUCCAAACAUACCAAAUCAAGAGCACUUUACCGGAGAUAAAAAGGAUAAGCAAUCUACAGCAACGUUGCAUGAUACUGGUGAAUCAGCUUGUGCAUCACAGUUUUGGGAAUAUAGCGAGAUCAACCUAACUAAGAAGUGUAUUAAUGAAGUGCUCCAUACUUUUUUCUCCAGCUUGCGUAAUGAUGUAGAGUUAGUAAUAAAACUCAGAAUUCAUGAUAUAUAUCCACGGCUCCACAUCGAGUUGAACCCCAUCGAUGAAACCAUCCAAUAUGAAGGUUCACGUCAUACGCAAAGUUCGGAAGUAUCGAUUGGCAAGAAACAGAAACAUGGACAGUUUGAUGACCUUCUAAGUGCGAAUAACUUUGAUUAUGAGCACGACGAUCCUACAAUGAGAUCUAUGGAAGAACGAAGCUGUUCCAUGUGUUGUGCGAAAGUUUCUGAUGCAACAACAGCUCGUUCGCCAGGGUCAUUGCAGCACAACACUGUGUACUCUCAUGUAGUAGCAUUUGUAAAGUCGAUUGUACGGGGCCGACGACGAAAGAGAAACGAGCAAGAAAAAAAAUAUUAA